UCAGGACCACAUGAUUGGCCCCACACUGGAUUCCUGGGGUUUGAUGGACAACAGAAGACGAGAGAAGGUUUCCAGGUCUCCACACAGAGCAGGGCAGAGCAGCAGGACUGGAAAGAGGAGCGCACCUUUUGCGCAUACAAACAUCAGAAGAAGAUGCUCCUUCCUGCGCUCCUGGCCGUCUGGACGCUGCUCAGGCUCGGUUUGGGGUGUCAGCUCCCCAGAGAGUGGCGACCCCUGAGUGAGGGAUGUCGCGCGGAGCUCGCUGAGAUCAUCGUGUACGCCAAGGUGCUGGCUCUUUACCGGGAUCCGUACUACCCGCUGAGCGCGCGCUACACCGCCGGCCACCCGUACGAGUACGAGCGCGCGGGGGCGGAGAGCGCGGAGGCGCUGCUCUACACGGCGGAAGUGGAGAUGCUGUGUGAUCAGGCGUGGGGCAGCAUGCUGGAGGUGCCCGAGGGCUCGCGCCUCAACGUCACCGGACUCGGAUACCUGUCCUGCCAGUCGCACACGGUGAUGGCGAACUACUCCUACAUCUUCUUCCUCAGGAUGGAUGAAAAUUAUAACCUCCUUCCCCACGGUGUUAACUACCAGGACGCCAUCUUUCCCGAUACCCAGGAGAACCGACGCAUGUUCUCCAGCCUGUUCCAGUUCUCCAACUGCUCCAGCGCACACACACUCCACAGCUUCAGUCCUGAUUGGGAGCAGCAGGAGGAUCACAGGUUGCUGUGCUCGUCUGUGCAGCAGGUGCUGUUUGAGGAGGAGGAGCGUGCGGCCCGUCUGCAGGAGCGCGUCACUAAACUGGAGAAGAAGAACCAGAAGCUGAAAGAUCGUGUCGGGAAGCUGACACGUUCGCUGCGUAAACAGCGAAAAACGAUCCGGCGUUACGAACACGAGCUACAGGAGCUCCAACAGCGCCUGAGCACCAACAAGAAGAACUCUGAACAUCACCUCAACUCUAUCAAUCCUCCACAUAGGCCGUCACGCCACAGAUACACUCACACACUGUGAACACACAUAUCAACAAGAUUUGGACUUGACACUGCUGGACAGUAUCUUCUUUUAAUGUACAAUAGAGAAAGUGCAUAAGUUUGCAAACCCUUAGGAUGGAAUGAAGACAAUGGAAUUUAAGGUAUUAUAAAUGUUUAUUCAUUCAUUCAUUCAUCUUUAGUAUUUCGUUUAUUCUGGUCAGGGUCGUGAUGGUCAUGGUGGAGCCUUUAUCAGGAUGUGAACACUGGAUGUGAAGGAGGUGGGAAUACACCCUAGACGUGACGCCAGUUCAUUGCAGGGCGCCAUACACACUUCUUAGGCAAUUUAGCAUAGCCAGUUCACCACCAAGUGUGGGAAACCAGAGAACCUGGAGGAAAUGUAUGCAAUCGUGGAGUGAACAAGAGAAGCUCCACAUGGACAGCAGCCCGAGCUCAGGAACAAACCAGGAACUCUGGAGCUGUGAGGUGGCAACGCUCUCCACUUCCAUUCUGUUUAUUAUCACAUGAAAGAAAAACAAAAAAACCCUAAAUAUAUCAUUUUUUUCUCGAUGUAGAUGAUUACUGGACACAGAGAGAAUCCUGGCAAAACUUACUCUCAUAUUUAAAAAAUAUAUUAUUUUGGAAUUUAUUGUUGAUUAAUUGUAAACAUUGUUUUCCAUCCAGAAAUUGGGGGGUGCAAACUUUUGCUCACAAUUGUAAAUAUCAUCACCAUAUCAUCACAGUAUCAUCAUCGCCUCCUAUUUCCUCCACAAGCUUUCGUAUUUUUCCUGCUCUUUUUUUGUGAAUGUUUAUUUUAACCCUUAUAAAGAUAAUAAGGAAAAACAAACAAACAAACAAA